AAUCAAAGAUGGCGGACAAACCAUACCUUUGGAUAUUUCGAGGUAAUCACUUCAGUAUUGCCAAAUUUUAUCGAUAGUUAUUUUCAAUGAACAGAUGAAAUCAUUCCAUACAACUAUUUAAGCACCAUUUGUGGUUAUAUUAGUUCUGUAUGGAGUUUUUUACGUCUAUAAUUUGAGUUAUUGUGCUGAAUGUGGGUGCACAAAUGUGUUGAGGGGAACGGUCUAAAAAUUAACAAGAUUUAAAUGGUUUCAAACGAAUUGUACUUUUUUCGCGUUGCAGUAUUUCCAAAGAACAUAUCUCUAUCACUUAAGCACGUAUGUCUAGGAAUACUGGUUGUUCAAACAUCUUCUAUGGUCCUUACGAUGCGUUACUCAAGAACACAUGGAGAAAUGUAUAUUGCUUCUACAGCAGUGGUAUUCUCGGAAAUCUUUAAGAUCCUGGCAUGUUUAGCCAUUACUUUUCAUGGAUCACACUAUCGAUGGUCGUAUUUCGUGGGACAAUUAAGGGAAGAGAUUUUAGGUAAACCAUGGGAGAACUUAAAGCUGGCUGUGCCCUCUGGGCUGUACACAAUUCAAAACAAUCUUCUGUUCCUCGCUCUUUCUAAUUUGGAUGCUGCCACGUACCAGGUUUGAAACAAAAAAUAUUUAAUUAAUAAAUUCGUUUAUCUAUAAAGUGUUGUAGUACGUCCGAAGCAUGUUGUUCUGGUCUAAUAAAAUCGGAACACAAAUGAAAGCAUAUUUAAAAAGAGUCAAUCGCCUCCUGCAAUUGUCACUCGAGUAAAGUUCCCUGUAAUCAAGACUUUCCUGUGCUGUUGAUUGUAUAUUUAUUUUUUUAUUUCAAAAUCCGAAAUUUCAGUUUCAUGUGGAAUCCAGCUGCUAACGAUUUCUCUCUCUUAUUUAUAUAAAAUUAUUUUUUAUCAAUAUCAUCACCCAUUCCUUUUCUCCGUUACACUGGUACCAAACCUUUGGAAUUCUUUAUCUAUUGAUGUUAAGAAAAUCAAGCCGUUUUGUAGUUUUCAUCAAAAUAUCAAGAAUUCUAUGAUUGAUGGUCAUAAUAGUGCUAUUAAUUCCUGAAGAUUUAUGAUUAUAUUAUCUUUAACUACUAGUUAAUUAGUGACAUAAUACUUUUUAUCUAAAACAGCUAUUUUGUCACUAUUAUUCUUUCUACUUGUAUUCUUGUUUUGGGUCACCUACUCGGUUAGUUCUACGAACUAUUUAGGUGUCCCAGUCUCUGCACAAAUUAUGAACCUAAAAUUAAAAAAUUUAUUUUCCUUCUUCACAAUGUUUUAUUUUUACAUUUAAAAGCACUGAAUUGUAUUAUAUUCUGUAUGAGUUUAAGUAAAAAUUGAUUUGACUUGACUCGACCCUAUUUCAAACAUUCAGAUAGUGGGGUGCGGGCAAGAAAUAGACUGAAAUACAAUGAGGGGAGACUGGAAGGCCAGUUGAUUGACUUACUGAAUGGGCCAUCUGCACGAUGGCAUCAUGCUACUACUACUAUCAGAAUCCUUCAGGGUAUUGCUUUCUUGUGUAAAUUAGGGCUUUUGUUAUUUAAACCUCGCUGGGAUUACUAAAUUUAAAUAUGAAAGAAAAGACGGAAAUGGAUAAAAAGGAAAAAAAAGACGUCAUCCUAUUGAGUUUAAGGAGAUUAAAACAAUUAAAAAUUAAUUGGAGCUAUCAAUAAUCACUACAGAAGUGGGGCUGUUGUUUGAGGGUAAGCAAUACAAUUACCAAAUUGACAAGAAAAGUAUAUAUCAGUUUUAUUACUGUACUGUAACUUAUUGUUGCAAUUUCAGGUCACAUAUCAGCUGAAGAUUUUAACCACAGCAUUGUUCUCUGUUUGUAUGCUUCAUAAGAAAUUAAGCAUUUUGAAGUGGAUUUCUCUCCUUCUUCUUAUGGGUGGAGUUACAUUAGUUCAGGUGAGGAGUUACAUGUACAGGUAUAUAUCAAACACAGCAGCCAAGCGUUUGUGUCAUAAUUUUACCUCUGGAUGAAAAUCACAGACAGGAUAAUCACAGUGUUUUGAUUAUUAACAGUCACUUUUUAGAUACCUCUUUUUCUUUUAUGUUUUAAAAAUCACAGACAGGAUAAUCACAGUUUUGUUUUAAACAUUGUUAACAGUUUUUAACUGAACCGUAUAAAAUUAUUCUUUCUAGCUUGAGAGAAACUAGUUUUUGUUCAGAUAUUCGAUGAAGUUUGUUCCUACAUUCUAAAACGUGUCAAGUCCUAAAAUCAGGAGAAAAAUAAGAAUAUUCAGCCUGGGCCGGAAAAACAACAUUCUUAUAAAAAAAAAAGAGUGUAUCGUAAGUUUGUUCCUGUGAAGUCAGUGAGAGGUGAGUGCUAUGAUCUUAUAUCAACGCUGAUGCAAGAUUUCUGUGAUUUUUGUCAUUUUGAUUCACAGUUUUCAAAUUUUUGUUUUUAAUCCAAUUCAAAGUUUUCUCUUACAUUGUAAGUUUAAUCCUUUAGUUUCAUCAUCAGCACUAUACUACUGUUUUUACUCUAGUGUUUGUGCUUUCGCCUUUUGUUGUUUUCUUUUCCUUAAUUCCUUGGUGUAAAGACAUUUUGUGAAACAACCUUAUUAUAAUUUUAAGUGAAUGAUGUUCCCUGAUUGCUAAUAUAUUUUUUAAUUUUUGCUUUUAAUAACAAUCUUUAUUAGUGGAGAACAGAUAAAGGAAAAGAGAAUACUGCUAAAGAGCUGUCCCUGUCAGGGCAGUUUGUUGGUUUACUGGCAGUCUUAACAGCUUGCUGUUCCAGUGGUUUUGCUGGUGUUUACUUUGAAAAAAUUUUAAAAGGAACUAAAUCAUCUAUUUGGAUGAGAAAUGUUCAGUUAGGUAAAGUAUAGUUUAAAACCUGUUGUUAGUGGAUUAUUCCUUAAAAUGCUGAUGCUACAAUAUAUCUAGAACAUGUUAUCAAUAGUGGGUGCUUAUCAUUUUGAAUACUAAACUAUACACUUUUAUUACUGUGAAACUCACAAAACCAUGAACACCAGAAAUAUUUAUGGAAUGUUAUUGUGUUGCGAGAAAUAAGCCAAUAAGAUGCGUGAUAACUAAACCACGAACAGCAACUGUAAUUAAAUUGUGGUUUUGAGGUUUGCUUGCGUAUCCUGAACUUUAUUGUGAUUGGUCUGUACACAAUCAACAUUCCUGGAAUUUUUCAGGUGUUCACGGUCUUCUGAGUUUGACAGUAAUAAUAUAUUGUAAAUGAAUACAAAAGGAGAAAGGGCUGCCAAAUAAAUUCAUUUGCUGUGUAAAGUCAAGAAAACAAUUUUUUUCAAGCCAAUUUUUGUGGUGAAGCUGGGACACUUUAUACCUCCUUCUACUCUACAUUAUAAUAUACAGCCUUGUUUACUCACCUUGGCUCUAGUUCCCAAGGUCAUGAGGGUUGUCCCCAGAGGCCAAAGUGAUGGUGUGAACAAGACAGACUGAUGAGCUGUCGGAAAUUUGGGAAAAGCAAUUUCGAUUUUCUUUCAGGUUAGGGUUAGGGUUAGGGCCAUCUUUUGAAUGGAUACAAGUUGGCCAUAGCUUGAACAGUACAUCCCAAACUGAAAAAUCUUUGGCAUAAUUUUUCUAAUGAACAGUAUCACACUGUAAAAUUUAAAGCCUAAUCAUGACUGAAAUAUGAUGCUUUUUUGUUUACAGGAGCUUUUGGUGUAGUAUUUGGCUUGAUAGCUGUUUUUAUAAAUGAUGGAAAUCAAAUUAGCAAUGGAGGUUUCUUUCAAGGCUAUAACAGUAUGACCUGGAUGGUUAUUUCACUUCAGGUGUUUAUAAUACAGAAAUAUAGAUGUGUAUAAUUUGUUUGUGUUUGUGUUUAUUUCUCUUUGGCUUGAAAAUUUACAAUAUUCAGGACUGGUUUACUUUGUUUUAAAAAAUGUUGACAGGUUAACCACAGAAAAAUACAAAUUAAAUUGGUUUGAACCACAAAAAUAUAUCCACACAACUGUAAAUUGUAAUGUCAAUGCAAUAUUUUUUUCUGAAAGAAAAAGGUUUGAUGCAUAUGAAAUCAAAACAUUAAUUGGCUGUGAAGUUCUAAAGGUUGAUGUCUCACUCGUUCCUUAUUUUGACCUGUAGGCCUUUGGUGGUUUAGUUGUGGCAGCAGUUGUAAAGUACGCUGACAAUAUCUUGAAGGGGUUUGCCACCUCAGUCUCUAUAGUGGUGUCGUCUCUUGUCUCAUUUUAUUUCCUUGGGGACUUUCAGCCAACAAAGUGAGUGAACAUACUACAUUAUUUUGUAACUGAUAAACAUAGCUUUUCUUUGCUUUGACCCAUCCUCUUACUCACUGUUGCUUUCUUUUUCACCAUGUUCUUUAGGUCUCAUUUGUUAAAUGUUUGAGUAUAUUUUGUUGGUUGUGGGGUACUCGAACCCCUAACCCUAACCCCUAACCUAUCACCUCCCUCGAAUAAUCACCCCCUCCCCCACCCAUCCCAUCAUCUUCUCUUUCUUUUAUCCCCCCCCCCCCUGUCAUACUGAAGUGGAAUGUGACAUGGCAAAACUGAUCAGUGACGAAUCAAGCUCUGAAAAUUAAUCAAGGAACCAAAUUUGGAACAAUUAAAAAGCCCAUGUUCAGUUUAUUUGAUGUGAUUGUUUUUUGAUUUCAUGUGACGAUAAAACAAAAUACUUCUAAGGGCACGACUUCCAGUGAGAACCACUUGAAAUAGUCAUCUCCCUCAAAUAAUCGCCACCCUUUUCGUGUGAAGAAAAAAUAAUCACCCCUGGCUAUUAUUCGAGGAAAUAUGGUAGGUAACUCCUUCAUAUACGACCUCAUAUACAACUAGAGUAAGAUAUAUUUUUUGUAUCAACUCUUCAAAUUUUAGAGAUUGUAAACUUUAUCUUUAAAGAACAAAAACACACAUGUUAUAAUAAAUGUUUUUUUUCUCUCUCUCUUAGUUUCUUUUUUAUUGGUACAUGUGGUGUUCUAGCGGCUACCUUUCUGUACAGUAUGCCAGAAAAACAUGGAGCACAUUCCACGGUAGUGAAACCUGUGUAGAAGGCGACUGUAAAUUGUCUCAGUAACAUCAAACUCAUUCUCCAGGGCUACUUUUAUGGCAAUCAGCAAGGAUGUGCUAGCAUUUUGGUUCUCAAUUCUCUAAAACGUUAUUAGUUAACCCUUUUAAGACUGAGAAGGUUAUCAGAAUAGCUAGAAGUAAAUAAGCCAGGAACAUUCCAAUUUCAGUUUAGUCUGUAAUGCAAUAAAAAAUGAAUGACCAC